UGAUUUUGCAUUUCCAGGACUGUUUUGAUUACCAAUAGUCCUCCUCCCAGUCAGCUCAGGCACACAGCUGUGGAUGGCUGUACACAGGACAGCCAUCCACAGCAGUGUGAUUACAGUGAACCACACACAUCCUGCCCCCUAGUAAAACACUCCCAGCACACAGUUAACCCUCUGAUUGCCCCCAUGUUAACCCCUUCCUGCCCAGUGCCAUUAGUACAGUGUCAGUGCUUUUUUUUAGCACUGAUCACUGUAUUGGUGCCACUGGGGAUGUCAGUGACACCAAGUCAGUUCCCCCAGUUUCAGAAUGUCCACCGCAGUCCCGCUAUA